UGUUUGUUGACUUUUGACGCGUGCCUGGGUGCAAGUCGCGUUUUGAAUGGCCCGUGCACAUGCCCCCUUCUAUCGAUUCCACUUGUUGUUUACCGCCAAAAUAAUUCCGUCACUGACAUGGAUUUUGACCGACACAACCACUCUUCACUUUCCUCUUCAAAUUAAUGGCCCUCGCGCUGGUUCUUGCUGGUCUCUCGACGCUCGAAUUCGCCCUGACCACCCUCGCGCUCGGCUCCAGUGUCAGUCGCAUCCUUUGCUACAAGAAGGUCCAAUGGCGGCCGUUCAAGUUACCUCAACACGUCGCCAACGAGAAGAGCACUUCCGCUUACACCAAGAUGCGCCCUCCACUCAGGAUACCGAAAUGAGCGAGGAGGCCGAGCAACAUUAUGGCAAUCAUGGCCACCAUGACGCCCACGACGUGGAGGAACAGGAACACGACGAGGAGGAGCAGCAACAUGCCGAAGAGGAGGUCGAAGCAAGCAGUGCUACAGAGGGCGAAGGGGAGCAACAGGAGGACCAUCACGAUGACGAAGACGAUGACCAGGAUUCGGUCUGUUCAGACAGCUCAGACGACGGCAUUGUAGACCCCAACAUUCAGGACGACAUGGAGAAACUCCAAGACACCUUUCCAGGUUUCCGACAACAAUAUCGGUUGAUCAAGCGCAUUGGAGAAGGCACCUUUUCGACCGUCUACAAAGCCGAAGACCUCGUCUACGACCAGUACGACAACUCGUGGGACUACGAAAAAGAAAGUGACAAGUGGGCGCCUCCCCCUCUCAGGACAUACGGACGCAACUCGAGCUCCAGUGCUACCACCCGCCCACGGCGCAAACCAAAAUAUGUCGCCAUCAAGAAGAUCUACGUUACCUCCUCUCCCACCCGUAUUCUGAACGAGCUCGACUUGCUACACGACCUGCGCGGCUGCACAUCAGUCUGCCCCCUGAUCACCGCCUUCCGCGAAACUGACCAAGUCAUCGCUAUCCUCCCCUACUUCCGCCAUGCCGAUUUCCGCGAAUACUUCCGCAAGAUGACACCUACUGAUAUUGCGAUCUACCUGCGCUCCCUCUUCACUGCUCUCGAGAGCGUCCACCGCCACAAGAUCCUCCACCGCGACAUCAAACCGACCAACUUUCUCUACGACCCUUCCACCAAGCGUGGCGUCCUCGUCGACUUUGGUCUUGCCGAGCGCGAAGGGUCCGAAUGCAAACCAUGCCUCUGCCAUGAGGAUCCGACCACACGGCGCAACCGCCUCCGCGCCGCCCACCUCAACUCCAGCGUUCCGCACAACGGCUACCCGAAACAAGACACCCGCCCCUCACGGCGCGCCAACCGUGCUGGCACCAGAGGCUUCCGCGCCCCCGAAGUGCUGUUCAAAUGUACGGAACAAACCACCAAAAUCGAUAUCUGGUCCGCCGGCGUGAUCCUCCUCACGAUCCUGUCCAAACGGUUCCCCUUCUUUAACUCAGCCGACGACGUCGAAGCCAUGGUCGAGAUCGCCACCAUCUUCGGCAUCAAGCGCAUGCGGCAGGCCGGUCAGCUUCACGGGUGCAUGUUUGAGACGACCAUCCCGACGAUUGGCACACAGGGGUUCAGUUUCGAGCGCAUUAUUCUCUGGAGCACGUGUCGGGAUACGGGCGUCAAGAUGCCCGAGGAUGAGAAGUUGGCGGUGGAGUUCUUGGCUAGGUGUAUGGAACUGGAUCCGGCGAGGAGAAUUAGUGCAGAGGAUGCAUUGAAUCAUCCCUUUCUGCAGAUGGGAUUAGAGAAGGAACAUGGCGGAAGUCAAAGUGGCGAGGAAGAGGAAGAGGGGGAAGAGGAUGAGAUGGAUAUUUUGCGGGUUUAGUGGCCUGGGUUCAUGAAUUGUCUCCGGAGUAUCGUAUGACAUGGGGCUGUCCAAGGGGGUGCGAAAGGUUAAAGGCGUUCAACUGGGAACAGUAGCAUAAUAGGCGCUGGGCGUUGCAUGUUCAUUUUGUUGUAUGGUUAAAGGUCUGAUGGGUUCAUGGUUAGAUAGGUACGCUCUUAGAUACCAUCUGGUCGCAUUGGCGCAAGGAGAUUGGUAGGCAUAAUGCAUUAGUAUUUUCAUCUUGUAG